UAUGCUUUUGCUUAGCUAUUGCCUAGUUGCUAUGCUUUUUUAUGUGAAAUCUUAAUCUUUUUAUUUUCCAUUUUUUUGGAGUCAAUUUCAGUAUCAUAAAUAAGGGCAGCUUAGCAAAGUAGAAAGGCCUUUUUAAAAGCUAGUAUGUUUUUCAUCUUCAUUUUAGUAACUAUUGAAAUGGAAGGCUAUAAUAAGGCAAAUAAUAGGAAAGCAGAAUAGAAUUUUUUAUGUCACUUCCCACAAGGAGUCUAUGGGUAUUCAGUUUUUAAUUACUGUAAUAUUCCUUUAAAGUUCCCUUUUGCAGGCACAUAGCAGAGAAAGGAAAAAUCUUCAUCAGUGGUUAAUCUUCUUUUACCAUGGGUGUCCUUGACUUAUUUAAAAAAAAAGAGUUUAUGCUUAUCAACUUACUGUUGUCUAGAUAUUUUAGAUACUUUAGAAUUUGCCUGUUUAUCUUCCUGAUUUAUAGCCCCAAAUAAGAACAACUAUAAAUCCAAAAUAAAAUAAAUACUUUCCUUUAUUACCCCUUCAGAUAUACUGAUGUUAAGCAGGUAAUUAAUAACAUGUAAAUUUAUAUGUAGAUAAAGAUCUCUGGGUAUAUGAAUGUCAACCUAUGUAUGCAUAUAUUAGCGGUUUCCUUUAUUAAAAUCAUGUAAUUCUCUUCAUAAGGGUAUUAUGGAUACUGUUAUCUUCCAUAAUUUAAAGUUUGUAAUAGGCUUGCAUUGGCAAUAGCUAAAUCUGUUUGAUGGGAAUUUUUCUUUUUCUUUCCUUUUUUUUUUCUUUUUAGAGAGUAUGUGUGCUUAUGUAAGUGGGGAGAGGGGCAAAAAGAGGGGAGGGGAGAGAAUCUUAAGCAGGCUCCAUGCUCAGUGUGGAGCCCAAUGUGGAGCUUGAUCCUAUGACCCUGGGAUGAUGACCUGAGCUGAAAUCAAGAGUUGGAUGCUCAACUGACUGAGUCACCCAGGCACCCUUAUUUAAUGGGAAUUCUUAAUAAAGCAUUUUAGUUUCUGUCAUUUGGUCAACUAAAAUAUUGCAUGUAUUGGACAGGCUUAUUUGGAUUUACUGCAUGUCAUUUGAAUUUCAUUAGAUUAUGAUUUCUUUAAUUUUAAUAUUAAGAGUCAAUCUAGUUUUCACAUACUAAGAAGUACAUUGUCUUAUUGCUGUUAACAGUAUUGGGCAUAUUUUAGGUUUAAGAUGCAGUUUCUAUUGUAGAGAUUUCUGAUUCUCCUGCUGGCACAAGACAGGUGCAUUUGUAGUUGGGUGGAGUCAUGUGACUAGUUCAGGUCAACGAAAUUGAUCAGAAGUUACAGGUAAGACUUCAGGCCUGUGUAUUUAAUUACCGGUAUGACACCCUUCAAAGCUUUUAUUCCCACUGCUUCAGCAACUGACAGUACUUUAGAUGGUGGCUUCUUUGUAAUCCCAGGUACUGUAGUAGAAGAUAUGGAACAGGUAAGUCACGAUGCACAUGAAAAAUGAAUAAAAUAAACUGUGGUUUUGAGCCACUGAAAUUUCAGGAUAAUAUGUUAUGGCAAUAUAAUUUAGGUGAUUCUAAGUGAUAAAACCUCCUAUAGGGAAAGUGUUAUAUGAAGGCUUUCAGAAUUUUUUAAGACUAUAAAGCUGCAAAGAAUCCACCAUUUUUUAACAGGAAAAGGAUGCUGACAUUUAGCUUUACAUUGAGGGUCAGGUGGAGAUGGGUUGGAAGGUUUUUAACUUUUGGAACACCUCUAAGUGACUCCCAGACCAAGCUGGAAACUUCCUAGUUGCCUUGAAGAAUUUUUAGGGGGAUGGGGGGAGGACUUCAGAAAUGACACUUUAACCAUGAGCAAGGAUAAAUCUUUUAGGUUUGGAGGAUAAUGACAGUUGUCUGAUUGCAAAUCUCCAUUAUACAUCCCUCCUGCAAAAAAACCCCACACCCCAUAAUAUUAAUUAGAAGCUCAGAUAAAACCAUCUAUGAUGCUUAUCUUCAGCUUUGCUGGGAGAUAGGGAAUACCAUAAUAUUCAGAUUAUAUCCAAGGAGGGAAGGAAAAAUAGCACCAAAUUCCAGCAGAGCUCUUGCAACAGCAAUCCUGUGGGGCAUAGAGUGGGAGAGGGGAGUCUUAAGAGACUCUGAAAAAAAAGAAGCACAGAAAACCGAAGCAAAACACAGGCAAAAAAAUCGCUCUCAGAAAGAGAGUGUCAACAGUAUGUUGCAAAAUACUGAUCCCCAUCCCUGGUGCUUGGUAGCUCACAGCUUUGGCCACGGAAAGGGCUUGAAGUGAAGAGGAUCAGAAGUGGCAGUGUUAAAGAACUGCUUCUAUAGGAAAAUAGAUAAGGAAGAAGUGAGCACCUUGGGAAUGUGGCUAGUGAAGAGAAAGAAAGAAAAGGAGAAAAUAACAGACCUUGCAGAAACAAGAUAACUUAACCUGUCAGUGCCUUGCUGUCAUCCAUUACACAGUGAACCCCACUAAACUUAUAGGCCUCUUUUACACCACCAGGAACCCUGUACACCAAAUACCUAAAUAUAGAAAAAAAAAAAAGAAUACAAAACUACUAUAAAAGGAAAAUAGAAAAUGUAAAUCAAAACAUUCCUACUGAUGCAGUCCCCCCUAAAUCCAGCAGCUAUGCAAAAGAAACACAGAAUACAAUACUCCUAACUGAAUAAAUAUCCAUAGAAAAGCACCAGAUGAUAUUAAAAAAACCUUAAAUCAUAUAUUCAAAAACAAAACAAGAAAUGGGCAAAAAAGCAAAAACCAAAAAAACUAGGGGAACUGCAAUGAGAGUUGAUCAAACUUAGGGAGAAAAAAAAAAAGAAAAAAGAAGGAAGGAAAAGACAGAAUCAUUUUGGAAAUGAAGACUAAAUAACAAAAACACCAAAGAAGAAUAGAGCCACAUGAAAAUUAAUAGGAGGUAUUGAAGAAAGCAGGGAAACAAAUUGCUAAAAAUUAGAUUAAGAAAGAAAAAAGGUCAGAGAUAAAGUAGUUGAAAUAGAGGACAAAGAAGAUGUAGCAUGUUCAACUAGAGUCCUAAGAGAAGAAAAAUGAACUAUCUAGGAAAUAUAGUUCCAAAAAUCAAAGAAUACUUGAGCCUACACAUUGCAAUGGCCACUGGGUUACUGGGAAAAACUGAUGAUAUAAUGAUCAGCUCCCAUAGUGAACAGCUCUGAGACGUAUCUUAGUAAUACCACUAGACUUUAAAGAUUAAAAAAAUUCUCAGAGCUUCAGGCCAAAGGAUCAAAUAAAUUACACAAUUGUAGGAUAAUUAGCUGGCAUCAGGCUUCUCAAAAGCAACACACAUGGCAUGGCAACUCUGGAGCAACUUUUAAAAGAGAAAACUACUUAAGGAAAGGAAGUGCAAAGAAGAAUUAUAUACAACCAACUGCCUUCAUGAUUGAGGUUAUAGAGAAAGUUUUGAGUAUGCAAGAACUCAGAGAAUACCUACACAAGUGGUCCUCCUGAGGAAUCUGUUGGAUUGAGUUUCAUCCAAAUAGAUUGGGGAAAAGGACUGAUGAUGAGCCCGUAAUAUUUAUUUAUAGAGCUGAGACUGAAAGAAGAUGGGGCCACAGAUAGAAGAAAAGCAUGUGAACCUUAAAGUUUUAUUUUGUAUAUAACUAUUUGUAAUUUGUAUCACCUAAGAACGCUUAGAGCAUAAGUUUGUGAACAUAUUUGUUCCCAAUUUUAGAUUCAAUUUUAAUUUUUCUUGACAUUACAGAAAAAAUCUAGUUUUUCACAAUGAAACACACAGAAGCAGAACUAAGAAACCAUGCAAACCAUGUACACAUUCUCAGAUUCAAGUAUUUAUUUCCAAGCUAAAAAGGUGGUGGGAAAGGGGUGUAGGACCUGCCUCCUCAAAUUGCUCAGCCUCUUUUUCUGCUUCAGCCUCUACAUCAAGUAUCCUCUAGUUGCCGACAUUCUGACAUUUCUUGAGCAUUCAGGUUGUUUGCUGGGAAGUGGCUUGGUAAUGGCAUAUGGCAGACCAUCUAGAUACAUGGACAUCAUUGGUGUACUUCACAUUCCAUUGGUUCAACAUUAUAAUAUUUGGAUUUCAUCAUUCAGCAUUAGAUCAUUACUCUUGUACUCAUCAUGUUCUUUUAUUUCUGGGUGAGUUGGCCAUAUGCGUUUUGGUUCAUUUGGAAUGACUUAAACCAGUAAAUAAAUUGAAGGUCAAAUAAUUUCAUAUAGAAUAAUUUUCUACAUUAGCAAAUUGUAAGCAAAUAGUUUACACCCACUGAAUGAGGCAUCUCUUAUAGUAUUUUGGAACACAUACCACAUGUGUAUACAGUGUAUGUCCAUGUACAACAUAAGUCCAUAUAGAACAUAAGUAUACAAAUAUAUGUACAGAAGACUUAAAUAUAUAUGUAAUGGCAUAAAUAUACAUUCCCCAGCUCUGUUUGUGAAAAGGCCUAGAAGGCAAGAUCUCCCAGUAGCAGUGAGCACACCUGGCACCCAGAUUUUGGCUUCUAAUGCCAUUUACCAUUAAAAGGAAUCAAGGCUACUUGUAAGAGAAAGCAAAGAAAUGCUAAGAAGAAAGGAAGAAAAUAAAUGAAGGGGUCAUGUCAGGACACAGAAGCCAGCUUGCAGAUGCUUCUACCAACCAAAUCUGGGUCCAUUUGUGCAGGAAAAUAAUUGACAGGAGUGAAUUUUAAGGCACUGAAAAAAUGGUAAUCCACGAAUUGUCUGAUGAUAGAUAGAUAGGAAGAAGGGAGGACUCUUCUUGCAAUACAGUGCUAACUGGUAGACAUAGAGGGGCAUGGAAGAGGUGGAAAAUUAUUAUUAUAAAAAAGUAUUAUUUUGUAACCAUUAUAGCAAAGAUUGGUUUAGGCAAGAAUCAAUGGAUGCUAAAUCUAGGUGUGGGAGUUUGAUGAGGAAUGGGAUAUUUUGACGGCCCUGUAGUGUCUCUCCACAGAUUUCUCAUUGCAAAAGGGAAAUUAGUACCUUUAUAAUGGAGAAACUGGACAGCACCUUGACUUGGUGAUCAAAACUAACGUUGCCAAGGCACCUGGCUGGCUCAGCAAGUAUAGCAUGCGACUCUUGAUCUCAGGGUCUUGAGUUUGAGCCCUAUGUUGGGCAUGUAGCCUACUUAAAAUUAGAAAUAAAUAAAAUGGGGGUGCCUGGGUGGGUCAGUUGGUUAUGCGACUUUGGCUUAGGUCAUGUGGGUUUGAGCCCCAUGUUGGGUUCUGUGCUGACAGCUCAGAACCCGGAGCCUGCUUCAAAUUCUGUGUCUCCCUGUCUCUCUGCCCCUCCCCUGCUCACACUUUGUCUCUCAAAAAUAAAUAAAAAACAUAAAAAAAAAGAAAGAAAGAAAAAAUAAAACUAAUGCCACCAAUGAGACUGACAUUGUCUCCUUCUGGUUGUGAUACCCUGAGAAGCACGCAUCACUUAAGUAGUAUUCCAGCUGGGCAUGUACAACCUGAAUCAUGAGCAGACUUCAGUCAAACAAAAUUCUGUUUGAAUAAAAAAAAUUAAAUAGUUAUAUUCUUCAAAAAACAUCAGUUAUACAAGACCAAGGUUGAGGAAAUCUUUUGGAUUAAACAAGACUAAAGAGACAUGACAAAAUAAGUGCAAUAUGUGAUUGUAUACUAGAUUCUACACUCAAGGAAAAAGUGCUAUUAAAGAAUGUAUUAGUCAAGGGUCUCCAGAAAAACAGAACCAAAAGUGUGUGUGUAUGUGUGUGUGUGUGCACAUGUGUCUAAAGAGAUCUAUUUUGAGUAAUUGGCUCGUGAUUAUGGAGGCUAGCAAAUCCAAAAUGUACAAGGGUGGGCUAGCAGCUGGAGGCUGAGGAGAACUGAUGUUCCAAGUCUAGUCUGAGGGAGUCUGCUGGAGAAUUCUCUCUUCCCCAGGAGAGGCUGGUCUCUUUGUUCUAUUCAGGCUUUCAACUGAUUAGAUGAGGCCCACUUACAUUGUGGAGGGCAGUCUGCUUUACUCAAAGUACGUAGAUUUAAAUGUUAAUCAAAAACACUGUCACAGAAACCCAGAAUAAUGUUUGACUGACCAAAUAUCUAUGUAUAUCUCCUUAAAUCAUACUUAAUCUCCAAGUAAAGACAAUAACAAGGUCAAGGUUCCCAUUAACAUGAUACAACUAUCCUGUGUACAACAGAAAACAUGCUGUUUUCUCAGAAGAGGAUUCACAGUCCUUGGGUGAUGUUUAUUCUUCUCCUUGGUAUCCAUCCUGUAAGUUAAAUACUACGAUGUAAAGUCAAUACAUCAUAUAUGUUACAUGAUAAAGGAACAAGAGAGGGAAGAAAACAAAGAUAUUUAUUUUACACACACACAUACACACACACAGAAACAUAUUAAUAACAAUAUAAGGAAGAAAUACCCAUGACAAUUGCAGUCUUCAUUUCUGUAACUGGUCACAUGGUGCUUUCACAUUUCUUCAGGAAUGUCCCAGAAAGGAGCUGUGGUGUUGUAACUGUCCAUUUCCAGGUGGUGAUGGCAUGUUGUGCAGAGCCAUCUAUAACCAGUCCUGGGUCUUGUCUCUUCUGUCUAUUGAUCUUAGGGAUCUCUCCAUGAGGCCAUAACUACAGGCUGGGAGAAUGAAGGUAGUGUGGCAAGAGCAGUGACCACGGGCAUUUGGGCCACUUGUUCUUAACUUGUCUGCUUUCAGGACCUGCUCAGCCCCAAGCUCACGUUACCACUUCCAUUUGAUGAUGGAGGCUUCUGUAAACACCUGACUUUAUGGAGAGCAGUUUGCUUUACUCAGAGUCCACCGAUGGAAUAUUAGUCUUAUCCAAAAACACCCUCAUGGAAACACCCAGAAUAAUGUUUGACCACAUGUCUGGGCACUGUGUAGUUCAGCCAAGGUGACACAUGAAAUUAACCAUCACAAGGAACAUCAGACAGUUGACAGAUUGGAAUGGGAACCACAGAUUAAAGUAUUUUAUCAGUGUUAAAUUUUCUGAAUUUGAUAACUACACUGACGUUACUUAAAAGCAUUUUUAGGAAAUGCAUACUGAGGUAUUGAGGGGCAAAGAUGCAUGACAUGUGCAAACCACUGUGAAUAGAUCAGAAAAAGUAAGUCGUGUGAGAGUGUGUACAUACACGUUGAGUGUACGAAUAAGACAGAAAUGUGGCAGAAUGUUAAACACUCGUGAUUCUGAAUAUGAGAGUUGUCCCUUAUUUUGCAACUUUAGACUUUGAAAUCAUUUUAAAAUAAAAUAAAAAAUUCAUGUGACCAGGGAGCACUAUAAUAGUGUUUAAGAGGCAUGAAAGUUCUGUAACAUUUUCACUGGCAACACCAUUGUGCUGAUACCCUUGUCAUAAAAUCAGAAGCGUUCAUUGCUUGACUUGGUUUCAGCGGAAUGGGUUACAUGCUUCAUGUGUGAAAUAAAAAAAGGAGGGGACAGCACAGGAGCACGGUCCUACAGAGCUCUAGUGCCGGCCCGUAAGUCCUUCUAGAAUAUUCUCUGACCUUUUCUUCUGAAUUGAAGACUUGGUAGGCGCCUGGGAGGCUCAGUCAGUUAAGCGUCCGACUCUUGAUUUCAGUUCAGGUCACGAUCUCACAGUUUGUGAGUUCCAGUCCCGUGUUGGUGUCUGUGCUGAUGGUAUGGAGCCUGGAGCGCGCACGCUCUCUCUUUCAAAAUAAGUAAAUAAACUUUAACAAAUAACAAAUAAAAAUGAGGAAGUAAAAUGCAGACUUGGUGUCGGAGGCUGGUUGUGGUAGAGAAGACCGUUAAAACUGAGAUAGAGGAAGGAUGGGAUAAGACGGGAUGAAUUUAGUCUGUCCGGUCCCCAGUGUUCAUAAGCGUGAAGUUAGUUCAUUCACUAGGAGUCAAAAUUGAUACUUUUUGUAAGUAGAACUGUUCUUGAGAAGCCAGUUGGCGGUAGCCCCUCUGGAAGUUUAUAGCCAUAGGCACAUAUUACUGCAAACUGAUCUGAUGCAAGGCUGCUACAUUUAAGUGCUAAUAGAAACCAAACUGACACUAUUAGCAGCAUGUCCUCUGGAAAAUAGAAAAAGGAAAGGGUGUCGGUAAAGUACUUUCUCAUAAUAGAAUCAAACGUAGAGGCGACACUAGAAUUGCAGUGGAAAAAUGAGGUAUGGCUUAGGAAGAACAAAGUGCUGCUGUAUUUUCUUACAUCAAAUUGAAAUCUGACUCUUGGGAAUAUUACUUUGGACUAUUUGAAAACUAUAUCUUGCGUGGAAGGUACAAUUUCAAGUAUGUCAACAAAUACCAAAAUAAUUUUGGUAGCACAUUGGAAUCUGGAGUAUUUACCUUCUGUAACGGUUUAAGGUUUUUAUCAUUUGUAAGUUGGCUAAUUUUUUGCCUACCGAAAUACUGCCGCAUGAUUUCCAUCGCAAAUGAACAUAUACCUUAAGAAUAAGGAAAGCUGUGCCGAGUGUCAGUAACGUGGUUCUGUUGUCUAUCCAGAUUCAAGUUCAGAGCACAGUUGUCUCUAAAUUGUCCGUCAGAUAGCUAAUGACUAAAAAUUAACACUAAGUGAUAAACUAACACUGAGGGAGCUUACUUUUAAAAGGAAGUCUUCUAAAAACUUCUACACAAUCCUUUCGAUGUGCUAUAUUCCCUAAAUUAUCUUUGUCUUCACAUCUUUGUAUGUAUUAAGUUCAGUCAUGCGACAUGGCCAGGAAAUGAAGUAUUCAAGUUGACUGUUCUUGUAAAGCUGUAUGUUUUAUAAUAAUUGUGAAUUUUCAAAUCAUCUUACUACAGUAAAAUUCUUUACUGUGUAUUGUUCAUCUUCAUUUGGAAAUCCCACAGACAUUUUACAUAGUUUUAACUCACAAAGUUUAUGUUUACCAAAUCUAUAGACACCCUCCCCCACAUCUGUAUCUUACGAUAACCAAGUACAUAUCAAGAAAAUUCUAGUUGAAUCUGAAAAUCUCUUCUAUGUAACAUUUGUGUUUAGAAAAUAUCUUCAUGGGGAAAACCCCCCAAAACAAAAAAAAAAUAUUUAUAGCUCUCAUAUUUUUAUAUCGAAGUAUAACUUACAUACAGUAGAAUUCACUCUCACUGGCAUACAGUUCUGAGUUUUAACAAAUGAAUACAGUUCAUGUACAACAUUUUGAAGAUUUAUCUUGUCUUUUAUUCCAAGUACUUUGUGAUUUCGUGGUCAUUGAUGGAUUACCAUUUUGAAUUGAAGGGAUUGUACUACAGCUUUUCAGAAUUUUGUAAUUUUAGUAAUUUCCAAUGUUUUGGCUUUGUGCUUAGGAGUAUUAAUAAAUAACAUACUAAGGAAUUUACUUUUCUUCUCUUUUCCUAACUUCAGCACCUUAGUGUAGCCUGUAUCGUUUCUGGCCUCAACCAUUGUAGCAACCUGUGCGUCGGCUUCGCUGUCUUCCACGUGAAUUCCUUUCUAACUCAUUUUCCACGCUGCUGCUGCUGCUGCUGGUCUUUCUAAGGUACAGAACUGAUUAUCUCAAUUCUCUGCUUAAAAGCUUUCAUUGGCUCCUGUUGCCUGUAGAACAAAAUACGAACCUUUUCAAAUCAGAGUCUUUCACGAGCUGGUUCCUGCCUCAAGUCUGGCCAUGCCUUCCUGCCCGUUCCUUCUUUUGCGUUUGCCUGUCCGCGCUAAUUGCUGAUUCCCAGACAUGCUGUGUUCUCUGUCAUCAUGGUAGUUUUGUGUUUUCUUCGGACAUGCAGGCCUUUUUUUUUUUUCCCCCCAUCGGUGCCUCACUUCCCCAAACCUUCAGAUGUGGUCAGGUGUCCUCUGGGUGUUCUGCGUGCCUCGUGCCUCUGCAGUGGUGUUUGUGCCUGUGGCUUCUUCACUUGCCCAAGCACCUCCUCUGGCCCCUGAGCUGCUUGGCAUCAGGGAGGAUGUCCACUCCGGUGUUGCCACUGGUGUGCACAAUACUGGAUACAAGCAAGCGUUCAGAGUAUUGUUCACUUAGUAUCGUUUGCUCUAGGUGGGGAGGAGGGAAAUGUGUUAUCACAGCAACGGGCACCAGAAUUCUUUGUAUGGAGGGAGCGGCCUUGCAGGUGGGUAUUGCCUUGACCUCAGGCUCACUCAGGGAUGGGAGUAUGGGUGUUAGCUAGGGCUGAGAGGUCAGAAGUAGAGGAAGCUGCCUGACAGGAAACACGGGGACAGAUUUGUUGGGUUUGCUCCUCAGAGAGAAAGAGAGAGAGAAAAGGAGGAAAGUCGGAAAAGCCUUGUGAAGCCAGGGAAUAGGUGAGCUAAAGACCCCCUCCUUCAAAGACUGGAAGACGGUGAGAAAUUAAGACUGUUCCUCCUUCUGGUUCCCUUUUCAUUGCUGCCCUGUGUGCCAGAAAUCUCUGCCUUUCUGCAGAAAUCUCCACCAAAGCCUUUCUUACCAAGGGAUGCUUUCUGCCUGUGUUCGGGUUUUGUUACUUUCAUAGAACUCGGGAGGAGCCCCUGUCACGCAGGGAUCGAGCAGUGCGGAGCAGAGGUACCUGAGGAUCUCAGAGGGCACUGAGGAUAUGUCAGCUCUCCUGGGAAUUGAGAGAAGCCUUGGAGGGGAGGGAAAGGCUUUGGACCAGCACAAGUCCUGGCUCUGCCGGUGUGAGUCCUUUGGUUUAGAUUAUUGAGCUGGCAAGCCCCAGCCAGUAACUAGGAUACAUACACGAGAAAAAAGUGGAAAUGAAUGUACAAGAUGAGAGUAGCUAGUAUUAGGAUGGGGGGGUUAUAAUCGCUGCCACCUCUGAAACUGUUUCUGUUACAGUUCGUGAUAAAAGAAAAGUUCUAAAAAGAGAGAAAUGUCUACAAUAUCGUGCUGUGAUCUUAUUCUCCCCAGUGCUUGGAAAUUAGAGGUCAGUGUUGAUUUCUUUAACAUUGAAGGUGCUAGAAAGGGGAAGGUGAAAGUAAUUAUUGAGGAAUAGGGAAUUUGAGCCAGGACUGAAACUCCUUUCUUUACCAAAAACAGGAACUUUUUUUUUAUUGACUUGUUAGGCUUUGUCCCCCCACCCUUUUUUUUUAAAUUGAUGAAAUAAUGUCUCAGAGAGGAAAAUUAACCUGUUAAGUGCCUGAAAGUUGGGCAAGCUCUUGUGUAAGACAAGAGUAGUGUUUAAGCUUUCUAAGUUGGUGUUCUGUAGAUCACAGAUUUAUAAUAAAUCAUGGCUUAAUUGUUUUGGUUUCAGCGGGGAAAGGCUGUUGCCCGACUUCCUGUUGCACUUGCGGCUAAUCUCACAAUGCUGCUUUCUGUAAUCGUUCUCCUUUUCUUCCGAGAUGAAAAAAGUCACAAAACCAUUGACAAGGUCACAGUACGCUACUAUGUUGUCUUAUAGUUAUUGCUGUUAUUGAAGUGUUCUUGAUAGUGACAAGAUUGAUGCUGGAUUGUUCUGUCAUUUGUGUCUUCUCCUCGUGCUCGGGUUUCAUGCAUGUAGCUAUAAUUACAAUCUCAAAAGAUUGACGUAUCAACUCAAAUGACACUUGACCAAUUUAGAGUGGGAAACACAAACAACUACCUGAAACACUUGUGUUUGCUUGAUGAGUGCAUGUUUUCCUUUUGGGUAAGGCUAUCAAUGUAAAAUAGGGCUGCUUGCAAUGCAUGGAAUUAGAAAAAAAGGGAGUUGGUUGUAUACUCUACCAGAGAAAGGCUUAGGAGAACAAUAUGGCCGUCUCCGGGAUAGGGGUGUUGCUUCCUAGGGGACCUGGUAUUUGAAGCUAAUGAUCAGGGUGUCCCCUGGAAAGUGCUAGAAACACAUUACCUCAUUUAGCAUUCUGUUUUUUAGUGUUCAUUUUUUCCCAUCUACCUUUUGUUGUCCACUCUUUAAAUAUCUUAGUUCUUUCUGUAGUUUCGACAGUUCAGAUUCUAGGUUUAUAGUGGUUUUUGUCGCGUGAGGUGACUUUUUAGAGAUCUCAUUUCAUCCCCCUGUGUAUGUUGGCCAAGCUGAUUUCUGAGGCAUUUUGCUGUUGACUCAAUGCAUUGCUUCUCUGGUACUCCCGCCUGGAGUAGAAAGACCAUGGAUAAUCUUUUUUUCCAUCCUUAACACAGCCUUAUUCUUCUCUCUGUCUUUUAAUCCUUCUCUCUUUCUGUCCUGGAUCCCAUCAUUUAUCCCUUCCCGAAGGAUCUACUCUCUCUGCCCACAGGCCUUCUCUUUCAUCUGACUGCUGAGUUGGAAAAAUAUUUCAUAUAAUUCUUUUCCCAUUCUCACUCUGUUCCUUCCUUUCGUAUCCUUAAAUCGAAUGAAGUUUUUAAGGUUGUUGUCUUGUUUGCCCCUCCCCAGCCAUAUACCCUGACCUCCCAGCCUAGACUUGGGGAUGAAACUAUGACUCAGGAACAGCCAACUGGAAGAGAUGCUCAGGACAAGGUGAUGGUAAUAGGGGAGCAGCAGGGAACUGUGCAACUCGCGUGCCCCGUCAGGGAGCACCACCAUCCCAGCACCUCUGUGUUCACCAGCCCUAAACUCUCAGAACCCGUGUUCAGGGUUUUUUCUGGAGAUUUCAUGAUGUAGGCAUGACUGGUUAAAUCACUGGCCAUUGGCGAUUAACUUAAUCCCUAGUGCCUCUCUCUUCCCUGGAGGGGACAGAGGGGAGGGUGGGGCUGAAAGUCCUAGGUCUUUCUAGCAACCAGUCCCCAACCUGAAGUUCUCUGGGGCCCUUAGCCCCCAGUCAUUUUAGCAUACAAAAGACACUCUUACCACUCUGGACAUUUCCUAAGCUUCUAGAAGCUGUGUGCUGGGAGCCUCGACAAAGACCAAAUCUACAUUUCCCGUUGUACCGCCUUUUGACUUCAUCGUUAAUGAGGGUUGGGUUUUUUUGUUUUUGUUUUUUUUGUUUUUUCCUGGCAUUCUUUCUUCGGAUUCUGUACACUGUUCAUUUCCCCACCUUUUCUCUGGCUCUUUUUCUUCCUGCAUCCUAACUCCUGAUUGUCAGCAAGACUUGCCCUUCUUUUUGUGUGGUCUCCUGAGGACUUUUUUCUUAAAGUGUUUGCUCCUCUCCUAAUAACUUGUUUUCCCUCUGCCCUUCUAAGUUCUUUGGGACCUCUGGAACAAAAGACAGAUUAAUAUGAGAAGAACAUACAAAUUUAUGUAAAAAGUCUUAUGUGACAUGGGAGCCUUCAUAAGGAAAGGAAGACCCAGGAGACAUAAACCUGUGCAUUAUCGUGUUAGGUUUGAUGGAGUGGAAAGUUGUAGAAAAGGAGUAAGAGAGGACCAAGGUAUGAGGUAAGUGUGGUAACUGGAGAGAAACCUAGCAAGGCCUGUUUGUUCACACUCCUCCCUGUGUCCCUUGUCUACAGAGAUAGGGAUGCUCAUGGGACUCCUGGGUGGCUUAGUCAGUUAAGCAUCUGACUCUUGAUCUCGGCUCAAGUCAUGAUCUCAUGGUUCAUGAGUUCAUACCCGGCAUCAGACUUCUGCACUGAUGGCGCUGAGCCUGCUUGGGAUUCUGUCUCUCCUUCUCUCUCUGCCCCUCCUCCGCUUGUGUGCUCUCUCUCUCUCUCUCUCGCUCUCUCAAAAUAAAUAAAUUAAUUAACUAAAAAUAUUUUUUUUAUAAAAAAUAAAAAUGAAAAAAAGAGAUAGGGAUGCUCCUUCCUCUGGUACAGGGAGGGUGCGUUUCACAGGAGGUCUUGCUUCAGGGGAAGGUCAGAAACUCCUUCCUGUACCUGCUGUUGAUUCUGAGAUUACUUCAGUUUAAAAUAUCCACCAUGCCAAGGUGCUGUGUUUGGUGGGUGGAUGGCAUGUUCUGAGCCCCAUCAGUGUGCUGUCUCUGCCAAACUUCAGUUCCUUGUCUAGAACUGUCUACAUGGCAGCCUUUUCGGAAUGCCUAGCUGUCCCUCCAAAAUCAGUGUUGAAACCCCAAAACUUCCCCGUUCAACUUCCCCUUUCCACAGUAUUCACCAGUAACACUACCAUUCACCAGACUUUCAUUUCUUGUACUUUAGAUAUGGGGCCAAAGGGCAGAGGGAGGAACAGAGUUUCGUUUAUUUAUUUAUUUUUGAAAGUGGGGACCCUGUCCUGUUUGCUUUUGUGGUCUCAGCACCCAAAUCCCAAAUCAGGGGUUCAGCAAAUGUUUCUUGAACUGAAUAUUGCAGUGAUUCUUAGGUUCGCCCGUUCCUCUUUGCUCUAGUGUCUACUCAGACCAGAGUCUUGUUAGCAUACAUCUGGUUUAUUGCAUUAACCUCACCACCUUUUAGCUUUAGUCUUCCCCUUGCUGCUUUCCACAUGGCACACUACUGCCAAAACAGUUUUCUAAAACCUUACUUUCAUCUUGUCAAGAGCCAUUAUUGUUUAUGGAUUCAAUUGAAACCAGUCUGGCAUUCUAAGUUUUGAAUCCCCUAGUUUCCUGUUCCUACUUGAUGUAAUAUUUUUCUGUUUUUCCCACAUAAGCCCAUUGUAGCUAAUUACAACAAUCCUCUUCUUAUUCUGUGUUAGGAAAAGACUUAUUCCUACUUAUGCUUUUGCUCCUGAUAUUCUUCUAGCCCAGAAUUCCCUAGCUGAUCUCUUAUUUUCAAAUCAUAUACUUCUUAAAGACCUAACAGCUGGCUCAUGUGUCAGUAGGUACUCAGUGAAUGUUUGUUAAAUGAGUAAAUGAGAACUUGUAUUCUCAGUGAGCAUUUGUAAGUAGCUUUACAUGACAAUGAUAUCCCCCCCAAUAUCCAUAGACUCCAUAAUCCUUUCUAAUCAAUUACAUUUCUUGUAGUUUAUUGCAAGUUUAUUAAGUGAUUAAUCCAUUGGAUAAAAUGGUAUCUGAGUAUCUCACUCAUUUACUAACAACUUACUUGAAAUGGCUUCAAAAGCAUUCUUCUUCUUCUUUACUUUUACUUUAAUUGUAAAAGUGCUUUAAAUUAAGCCUUUUCUUAGCUUUAACACAAGUGAAUUCUUGGAUCUAAUCAAAUGAUUUCGGCACAUGCUCUGAGCAAUUACAUUUGUGCAGCUUAGCAGAAACUAUGGCAACAGAAUGAAAAAUGUGUUUUUCCUGAUUGUUUUCCUCCAUGAGAUUGGGAAGUUCCAACUUAAACAUCUCAAGUUAAAAGAAAUGGUCAUAGAUAAGAUGCGUUACAAAUUACUUUUGGUGGAAUUGCCUAGAAAGUUGGGUUAAGAAGCCAUUUAUCAAUCAUAAGUUUAUGGCUCAAAUCCUGGAAGGAGGUGCCAAGGAUUACAAAUAGUAAUCUUUGCUGGGAAUAUGGGAGAUUUUCAAGGUUUACUUUAGACCUAUUUAUAUUGUCUAUUUUUUUAAGCCACAAACCAGGAUUAUUUUAUAAUAAUAGAACAAACAACAAAGUUAUUUAAAUUUGGGAGAAAAGACAGUUAUCUGGUUUGUCUAAAUUUAUUAUUUAAAAAAAUACAUCAGUCAUAUUUUCCUACACAGGCACACAACCAUAUUAUUAUACAAGGAACCAAAGGAAUCCAGUUGUAGUGUAAAACACCAAGUACUUUAUAUUCAUUGUGUAAGACAAGAUUUUUCCUUUAAGAGCUAUUAAUAGGUCAGACUGUUUUCUAAAGAGAAUCAGUUAAACAACUGAAAUUCGUUUAAGUUUUGGCAAAUCUUUUGUAAAGUUCCAUUGACUUCUUGUAAAGGAACUCAUGAAAUUCACCCUUAAAAGUGAUUUCCUUAUCAGGAAAUAUGCAUUAUAGGAUAAUAACACUAAUGAAGAAGUGAAAGAUUUUCAAUGGGGGUAGUUUCCAAUAUCUUAAUAAGAAAAAAAUUGGUGAAAAUUGCUUUAUGAAAGCAUUAUCUUUUCUAAAUGAAUAAACUGAGUAAUGCAUUAAUGUAAAAAAAAAAUCCUUUUGAUGAGAAGAGACUGUCUAAGCUGAUUAACAAUAGAGAUAGGCCUAACAUAGAUCUUGAAAGGUUUAAAAAUAUUUUCUUUGUUUUAGUCUGCGCUUACUAAUAUUUAACAACUCAUGAGAUAGGCAUUGAAAUAGCUGCUAGACACAAAUAACUGACAUGGUUGUACUAUUAUGUACUAAUUAAUAGCUUAUGUAGCAACUAAAUAGUUUGUUGAUAUUCUUUGUUAUUUUAUAUAUUUGUGAAGAGGUUUCAUAAGGCAUUCUUUCUGUGGGAAGGAGUUAAUCCUUUUAGUUAGGAUUUGGGAGCUGAGGGUAAGGUUUUGGUGCCAUUAUGUUAUUAGAGCCAGAAAUCCAGAAAUGCCCAACCUCUGCCCAGCCAAUCUACUCUUAUCCUUUGGGAGUCAUGAGGGGACUGUCUGCAAGGAACAGUAGUAGCCAGUGGGACUCAGAGGUGCCACAUUAAUAAAGGCUUGUAAACUUCCAGCACAUCAGUGUAGAAGUCUCCUUAACAGUGGCCUUGGUGCAAGCAGUUUGGGCUUAAGGCCUAUGUCGGGACUCCUGCUUCCCUUCCAACUUCAUCCAAUCACCAAUCACCCCAUCACAUUCAAUCAGCAUGUUGAGAUGAGUGUUUGAUUUGGAGGGGAGGGGCACCUGGGUGGCUCAGUUGGUUGAGCAUGGGACUCUUGAUUUUGGCUCAGGUCAUGAUCCCAGGGUUGUGUGAUUGAGCCCCAUGUCAGGCUCCACACUUACUGUGGAGCCUGCUUAAGAUUCUCUCUCUCUCUCUCUCUCUCUCUCUCUCUCUCUCUUUCUCUGUCUCUCUCUUUCUCUGUCUCUCUCUCUUUCUCACUCUCAAAAAAAAAAAAAAAAAAAACUGGAGGGGAGAACAAACUAGUAAGUGAACCAAGUCCCAAAAGAACCUCUGAAUCUGCUUAGUUGAUUAUCGUAUACAGUAGUCUCCCACCUUACCCACGGGAGAUCGAUUCCAAGACCCCCAGCAGAUGCCUGAAGCCACAGAUAGUACCAAACCCUCUAUAUACUAUGCAUUCUCCUAUACAUAUAUACCUAUAAUAAAAUUUACUUUAUAAAUUAAGCACAGUAAGAGAUUAACAACAAUACUUAAUAAUCAGGACAGUUACAACAGUGUACUGUAAUGAAAGUUGUGAGACUGUGGUCACUCUCUCAAACUAUCUUAUUGAACUGUACUCACCCUUCUUGUGAUGAUGUGAGAAAAUAAAAUGCCUGUGUGAUGAAGAGCUGAGGUGAGGUGGAUGAUGUAGGCAUUGUAACAUAGCGUUUGGCUACUAUUGACCUUCUGAGGAUGGUCAGAAGGAGGAUCAUCUGUGCCCGGCCCAUGGUGAACUGUGAGUAACUGAAACCACAGAAGGUGAAACUGUGGAUAAGGGGACUGCUGUGUAGUGAAGGAGAAGUGCAAGAGAAUGGCCACUGCGCCCCAGGAGGUCAGGCCAGGCCAGGCCAGGAGUUGGAGGCAAUGAAACAAACCUUGUGUGGAGACUGUUGCUUUAACACAGUGACCCCACCUACUGUUAACUGUGCCCAGUCAGGAUUUUGGACUCUUGAAUAAUUAGAUUAGUAACUGCUCUUACCUGUGGGUAGGACUAGACAGGGGGUGGGCAGAGGCUUGCCUGGCACAGGAAAAGGAGCUCCUGCAAGCACAAUAAAGUGCCAUUUACUUUCACAUAGGAAGGCAAACAAUGGACAGUUCUGUCUCUCAGUUCUAAAUGCUCGGUUCUGGUACGGUCUGGCCCCAGGGAUGGAGUAGCUCCUGAUCAGCAUACAUUUUGGACUUUACUAAGGCGUGUAAUGACUCAGAAACGCAGAUUUCUGUGAUUGGCUGAUGUUUACUUUACCUCCAGGGUGAAAUACAAUGUGUAAAUAUUUUAAGUCUUGUUCUAAUAAAUGUUGGUAUUGUGCUGGGAAGUUGGAGCUCUUGAUCUUGGCUUAAUAAUUUAAUUAAGAGGAAUAUAGUUUUAGACUUUCAUAUUCAAAGGCUUCUAAAUAGUGACAAUAGCAUAGAAAUGAGAACCAUUUAGACACCUAGACUCACAUGCCCAAACGUAUGUUUGUUGGUUCUUAGGAUUCUAUAUAUAGUAUCAUAUUUACCAUUUGUCUAUAUGUGUUUUAUUGUUAACACAGUGAAAAAAGUCUUUAUAACUGAUAAAUUCUUCCUCAUGCCUAAAUAUUGAUAGAGCUUCCUAUUAAUUUGCUUCCAUAUGUCUGAUUACUCACUUUGCCUAACAGAUGUCAUGUAAAAGAAUUAUAUGGAUAUUAAGUUCAAGAUCCCUGAGUUGGGCUUAUAUCAAAUUACCUUUUUAAUUUUAUUUUACUCUUUGAAGUUAACUUGCGAAGGGAGUAAAGUAGAAACUCUGUAACUGUAGGGGAGGAGAACCUUUCCCUUCCUUUCUUCUAGGUUCUUUGGCUGGCCUAAUAAUUAAAUUGAUAUAACACAAGUUAACAGGGGGAAAAAAAACACAUUUAAUUUUGUAUGUACAGGAGCCUAAAGAAAUACAAGACUGAAAGAAGUGACCAAAGCAGGUAGCUUUGUGAAGAAUUGACAAAAGGGUUUAGGCUUGGGUAUCGAAUUAGGGAGGCAGUAACAGUUUGUUUAUAUAGCUUUCUUGGCCCUAAAUCCCCUAUUUCUGAUAAUAAGGAUGCCUUCUACCCUCCUAGUACAGGGAGGAUACCUUUCAAAUGAGAGAUUUAUUUGCUGCCUUCAGGGUAGACCCAGGAGGUCACUGUCCUUUCACUGGCUGUGUCUUAAGGAACUUUAAUUCUAAAGAACCAGUAUGCCAAAGUGGCGUAUUUGGAGGGGGCGUGUUCUGCUCCCCUUCAUGAUGUUGACUGUAAUGAGGGAAGACUUUUGUUUCUCAUAAUUUCACAAAAAGACCGUCUACUGGAGAAUUCCAUUGUAGAAAACAGCUGUAAAAUCUGGAUUUAAUGUAAAAAGCAACUAUUUAAGGCACUGGAGAGUGAACAGAAGCAGAUAGACUCUACUGGGGAGUACACAGUUGGAGGAGGGAAGGGAGGGAGCUAUAAGAAGUAACUUUGCCUUUUCACUGAUUUUAGCUUCAGGCUAAGUACAGUCUGUACUCUGGGGACUCUGGUGGAAAAACAGUAGUCUCUUUGGCCAGGGAGACUAGAAAACUGAAACCAGAGAACCCUGAUCACUGAAGAUAGGGGAGAAAUCCCAGAAAAAGAAGAGCCAGAGGAGGGGGAGUCCUUAGCUUUUGUGAGCACACAUCUCUGACUGCCCUCUGAGCCCUGCGUGAGUACAGUGGACUCAGAAAAACUCGGGUAAAGACAAAGAAUCUCAACUGGACUGGAACUGCCUCCUAAGAAAAAUAGUUUACAGUUCAAGCCGACCCAAGAUAUUUGCCGGCUAAAGGAAAGAAACAACUGUCACUGGAGAAAAAAACAAUCUCUCAUCUCCACAAAUUAACAUUUCUACAGUCCAUAAUUACCCCAUAUAUGGAGAAUCAAGAAAAUGGAACAUAUCAGAGAGGAAGAAAAUCAGUUGAAUUCUACCCUGAGAUGAACGAGAUAUUGGCUGUACCAGGCAAGACUUUUAAAGCAGCUGUUAUAAUAUCCUCAGUGAAAUAAAACGUCAUGCUCUCAGUGAAAAACAAAACAAGAAAUCCUAUCAGGAAAAUAGAAACAAUGAAAAAGAACCAAAUGGAAGUUCUAGAGUCGAAAAAUACAAUAUUUGAAAUAAAAAUUCAGUAGCUGGAUUUAACAGUUGAAUGGAGGUGCAAAAGGAAAAGUACAUGAACUUUGAAGAUAGAGUAAUAGAAAUCAAUUUGAAGAACAGAGAGAAAACAUAUUGGGGGGGGCGGAAUGAACAGAGUCUCAGGGACUUUUCAGGUUGAAUCAAACAGUCUAACAUGGACAUAAUUGGAAUUUCAGAGGAAAGACAGAAUAGGAUAGAAAAUUUUCUUUUGAAAAAUUAAGGCUGAAACCUCCCAAAUUUGAUGAAAAACAAACUUACAGAUACAAGGUCCUUAGUGAAUACCAGGGUGACUGAACCCAAAGAAGUCCACAUCAGUACACAUCACGGCAAAACUUUCAAAAGCAAAUGUUGAAAGCAGUAAGAGAAACAUGAUACAUUUAAAUUACUGCCUUCACCUGGGAAACCAUGGAGGCCAAAAGAGAAUGGAAGAACAUGUUUUUAUAAAGUGCUGGAUAUUGAGGAGGGCACCUGUUGAGAUGAGCACUGGGUGUUGUAUGGAAACCAAUUGGACAAUAAAUUUCAUAUUAAAAAAUAAAUAAAUAAGCAGGAAAAAAAAGUGCUGGAAGAAAAGAAAAAAGCCUGUCAACCCAGAAUUCUUUAUCGAAGAAAAAUAUGCUUCAAAAGUGAAGAGGAUUCCAGAUUUAGUUAGUGGCAGCAGUGACACAACUUGUGACUAGACUAAAAAGCAUGGACAGAUACGCUUUAAAAGGGUGAGUUUUAUGGAAUGUGAAUAUCUCAAUAAAAAGAUUUGAAUGAAGGUAAGAAAGACUCUUUCAGAUCAAAGAAAACUUAGAGAAUUCUGCGCUACAAGAAAUGUCAAAGGAAGUUCUUCGAGGCUCAAGAAAACUUACACCAGAUGAAAUUUUGGAUCCUUGGAAAAGAUAAGAAAGAUCAUCAAAAAUGAUAAAUAUCUACAGAAAUGCAGAAGUCUCUCUCUUUCCUCUUUCUUUGUAAAUCAUAUAAGGAAAACUGAUAGCAUUGUCUUGUGCAUAAUCGCAUAUAUAGAAGAUAUUAACUCCAUUUAAUAUAUAUCAGUAUUCCAUAAAGAAUGAUUACAAAGUUUCUACAGUUUUAGGAAAAUGGAACAGUAUUAAUUAUAAGAGGACUGUGGGUAAUUAAAGAUGUACACUACUCCUUAGGGCAACAACUGCACUAAUAAUGUAACAAAGUAGAGCUAAAAUGCCACGUGAAAAUUGAAAUGAAAUUCUAAAAACCAUUUAAAUGUUUUGCUGUUGCUGUUUUUAAGUCAGGAAAGUAGAAACAUGGGAACAAACAGAAAAAACAAGUCAAGGGGCGCCUGGCUGGCUCAUUUGGAAGAGCAUGCGACUCUUGAUCUUGGGGUUGUGAGUGCAGGCCCCACGUUGGGUGUAGAGGUUACUUAAAUAAAGGGAAGAGGCAAGUUAAAAACAAGCAAUAAAAUGGUAAACCCAAAUCCAGCCAUCUCAACAAUUUCAUUAAAUUGUCAGUAGGUUAAGUUCAAUGGGUGUAGGGUUUGGUGUGCAAAAUUAAAAAGUUCCAGAGAUCUGUUGCAAACACAGUACAUGUACUUAACACCACUGUAUUAUAUACUUAAAAAUGGUUAGGGUGGUAAAUUUUAUGUUACAUGGUUUGACCACAAUUAAAAUAUUUUAAUUAUACAUUUAGUUAAACUUUGGAAGGACACUGAAGUCACUUAUCCCCCUGAAACUUUUAAUUCUAGAAGUUCGCAGUUGGGUCUGACUUGCUUGAAGUUGGAGGCCCAGAGCAUUAUUUAUUUGCAAACACUUAUAAUGAUGCUCAGUGGCACACAACAAGCUCCGUAUAAAUUUAACUCCUUGAAUCCGCAUCAGAUCCCUAUGAGCUAAUUUAACAGGACAUGCAGAGAAGGUGGGGAUUGAAAAUUUUGAGCUCCUCAAGGUCCUAGGAACUGGAGCUUAUGGAAAAGUAUUUCUGGUUCGUAAAAUCAGCGGUCACGAUACUGGAAAGCUGUAUGCCAUGAAAGUACUGAAAAAGGCAACAAUAGUUCAAAAGGCCAAAACCACAGAGCACACGAGGACAGAGCGGCAAGUCCUGGAGCACAUCAGGCAGUCAGCAUUUUUGGUGACGUUGCACUAUGCUUUCCAGACAGAAACCAAACUUCAUCUCAUUUUAGAUUAUAUAAAUGGUGGAGAACUUUUUACUCAUCUUUCUCAAAGAGAGCGUUUCACAGAGCACGAGGUGCGGAUCUAUGUUGGAGAGAUUGUGCUUGCCCUCGAACAUCUCCACAAGUUGGGGAUUAUAUACCGUGACAUUAAGCUUGAGAACAUUCUACUUGAUUCUAAUGGCCACGUGGUGCUGACAGAUUUUGGUCUGAGUAAGGAGUUUGUGGCUGAAGAAGGUGAAAGAGCAUAUUCCUUUUGUGGAACUAUUGAAUACAUGGCACCAGACAUUGUCAGAGGGGGAGAUUCAGGACAUGACAAGGCAGUUGACUGGUGGAGUUUAGGUGUUCUAAUGUAUGAGUUACUAACUGGAGCGUCUCCUUUCACUGUUGAUGGAGAGAAGAAUUCCCAAGCUGAGAUAUCUAGGAGAAUAUUAAAAAGCGAGCCUCCAUAUCCUCAAGAAAUGAGUGCUUUAGCUAAAGACCUGAUUCAGCGUCUUUUGAUGAAAGAUCCCAAGAAAAGAUUGGGAUGUGGUCCACGUGAUGCGGAUGAAAUCAAAGAACAUCUCUUUUUUCAGAAAAUAAAUUGGGACGAUCUAGCUGCCAAAAAAGUGCCCGCCCCAUUUAAGCCGGUCAUCCGAGAUGAAUUAGAUGUGAGUAACUUUGCAGAAGAGUUCACAGAGAUGGAUCCCACGUACUCCCCUGCUGCGCUGCCCCAGAGCUCCGAGAGGCUGUUUCAGGGCUAUUCCUUUGUCGCUCCUUCCAUUCUGUUUAAGCGGAACGCGGCCGUCAUAGAUCCUCUUCAGUUCCACACAGGAGUUGAUCGCCCUGGAGUGACGAGUGUCGCCAGGAGCGCAAUGAUGAAGGACUCCCCAUUCUAUCAACACUAUGACCUAGACCUGAAGGACAAGCCACUGGGAGAGGGAAGUUUCUCAAUAUGUCGAAAGUGCAUACACAAAAAAAGUAACCAAGCGUUCGCAGUCAAAAUAAUCAGCAAAAGGAUGGAGGCCAAUACUCAGAAAGAAAUAACAGCCCUGAAACUCUGUGAAGGACACCCCAAUAUCGUGAAGCUGCAUGAAGUUUUCCACGACCAGCUUCACACAUUUCUGGUGAUGGAACUUCUGAACGGGGGAGAGCUGUUUGAACGUAUUAAGAAAAAGAAGCACUUCAGUGAGACCGAAGCCAGCUACAUCAUGCGGAAGCUCGUUUCAGCUGUAAGCCACAUGCAUGAUGUCGGCGUGGUGCACAGAGACCUGAAACCCGAGAAUUUAUUGUUCACUGACGAAAACGACAAUUUGGAAAUUAAAGUAAUCGAUUUUGGGUUUGCGCGCUUAAAGCCGCCUGAUAACCAGCCUCUCAAGACACCCUGCUUCACCCUGCACUAUGCCGCCCCGGAGCUCUUGAACCAUAAUGGCUACGACGAGUCCUGUGACCUCUGGAGCCUGGGCGUCAUUUUGUAUACAAUGUUGUCAGGGCAAGUCCCAUUCCAAUCUCACGACAAAAGUUUGACAUGUACCAGUGCAGUGGAGAUCAUGAAGAAAAUUAAAAAGGGAGAUUUCUCCUUUGAAGGAGAAGCCUGGAAGAAUGUAUCCCAAGAAGCUAAAGAUUUGAUCCAAGGACUUCUCACAGUCGAUCCAAAUAAAAGGCUUAAAAUGUCAGGCUUGAGACACAAUGAAUGGCUUCAAGAUGGCAGUCAGCUGUCCUCAAAUCCUCUGAUGACUCCAGACAUUCUAGGAUCUUCAGGGGCUGCUGUGCAAACCUGUGUGAAAGCCACCUUCCACGCCUUUAACAAAUACAAGAGAGAGGGGUUUUGCCUGCAGAAUGUCGAUAAGGCCCCUCUGGCCAAGAGAAGGAAAAUGAAGAAAACCAGCACCAGCACAGAGACGCGCAGCAGCUCGAGCGAAAGCUCCCACUCGUCCUCCUCCCAGUCCCACGGGAAGACCACCCCGACGAAGACACUGCAGCCCGGCCACCCCGCUGACGGCAGCAACCCGGACACCCUCUCCCACUUCUCGGACUGAGCGCGGGCGGGCGGAGGGCAGGACUGUCGCCGCCGACGACCCAUCGCACCCGCGUGCCCUCAGCCUGUGCCUGAGGUGACGUCGUGCGCUUUUAAAAACGUGCCCCGUUGGUCUUCGCGGAACCUGCCUCUUAGGGAGUCGUUUUCAGGCAAACCCAACUGGUUGCCCGUGUCCAAAAAGCACUGCACGGAGAAUGUUACUGUGAACAGAGCACACGUUUUACUGUUGAGUGACCUGGCGUGACGCCAACAGGACUGUUCCUGAAAGAGCAGGGGUGUCUGUAAACCUACUUAGGGACGGGUCAGGUUCGAGCUGCUUACAAAACGAGUCUCGGGUGUUCCAGACGUCCGCCCGCAGGAGUCACGCGUACGGUGAUGAUGAUGCCUUUUGCUUUGCCUCGGGGACCGUGUGGCCUUUUAAGAGAUGGGCCCCCGCGGAGCAGUGCAGAGAUUGUGUAGUGAAUUUGAUGCGUGGCGUUCGCUCAUUUCCUGAGAGAGGGUUUUAACUUAUUGUCUUUGUUUUAUGGUUGCCUAUGAUGGUAACCUGUUGUUAUGAGUCCUUUUCUAAAAAGUAAAAGAAAAAAAAAAAGAUACAGGAACGUAAGGUCCCAUACUCUGUACUGGGGACCCAUCUGACAUGCAUGCUAAGCUACGUACGGUUUUAAUUUCGCACUGCUCUUUCCUGGCAGGUUGUUUUAAUGGUUAUUGCCGAAUAUUGAGGUACACGUCUCUGUUUUAAGUAAUACUGCACUUUGUAAAAGACUAUGGAUAAAGCAAACUAUUUUAUAAAGUGCACCAUUUAAAGCACAUGUGCUGCAUUUUUGCCCGUUUUUCCAUCAUCCGCUUUAAAUUUGUCCUCACGUCCCCCUUCUACCUUGUCUGCGACAAGCAGAAUGGGCACAAUCACGAUCCACUUAGGCACCGAUGCGAAGAAAAUCUAAAGGAAAAUUCUAUGAAACACUGUGCUUCACAUCUGUGUACUGCGUUGUGCUGCAGCGAGGCAUGCCCUCCCGGAGUCGGAUAUUAUGUACAUACUAUUUUAGAAUCAUGACUCUGACUUGUCUUGAAAUUUUUCUGUUAAAUUUUAAAUGCAGAGAGCAUAUUUUAUAAACUUCCGCAGAGCCCUUUUGUUGCUCCAAAGUUCUGCAUUCCUACAGAAAACAAGUACUCUGUGAUGGAGACCUUUCACCAAAAAGAUUGCUUCCUUUUCAAAUACAAUGAAUUCAUUCCCUAUGCAAAAAGAAAAAAAAAAAAAGAUAGGAUUUGUACAUUGUAUUUUCUUUUAAAGCCAUCACAGGAAAUGUCAGGACUGAGAAAAGUGAUCUUGGCUGUGUUUACAAGAAUCAUGCUUAAAAAGAUAAUGCCCAACAUGUUUAUUUUAUAAUUUUUGUGAGUGAUAAUCUCUUGAGCAUUGGUUUGGAAUUUGGGCAUGAUAUUUAUUUAUUCCUUUCUUGAGAUAAUAGCAGCAUUAAUUUCAAACAGUUACAAAUACUAAAAAUAUUGCACUCUAUGUAAUAGUAUAUUUAUUACUAAAUCAAUGUACAUAUUAAUAGCACAGGCAAAAAAUGGCAAAUAUUAAAAUAUUUUCAAAAUACUGUAUCACUCUGUUCACAUUUUUGUCCGUGAAGGUUAUUGGAAAUGACUUUUUAUACUUUUUAGCGGCCCAAAUGGCUAUAUAAUUCUCACAAGUCAAUGAAACUUUUGUGCUCCUAGCUUUCAGUCAUUUCUGGUAAUGAUGGGAAAUCUUACAUGAAUUAUUACCACCAUAUAGCUAAUUCACAAAAUGUGAUUUCCUCAGGCACAGAAUUAUAAUAACCAAGAAAAUGUCCGUUUGUAUCUAUAGUUAUGUUAAAUAGAUUUGGAAAUGUCUAAGUUAGCUCUUCAGGUCAUUUUUUUUUAACUGUGCAUCCUAGUAGAAAAUACUACUUGCAGAGUAUAAACUAAACAGACUUUGUUGCUAAUGGAAAACGAUCCAGAAAAAUGGUCAGUGUAAUGAUUGAAGAUGCCAUUGACUCCUGGAUGUUGAAAUUGAGGGGUUUCAUUUUCGUUUAUUUUCAUUGCCUCUUCUUCAGAAGGACUUGACAGAAAAUGAAAUGGGUAAAAAGGCAGAGUAAGAAGAGGAAGGAAGGAGCAGCUAAUCCAUCCCAAUGAGGGUCUCUGAAUAAUCUAGAAUGGGCUUUUGAAAAGACCUAAAAGCACUCGGGGUGGUGCCCCAUGUCAAAUACCUUCAUCCCCACCCCGCUUAUGAAUUCCAGAAAGACAGCCUCUGAUGCUAAGCUUGCAGUGGUUACACUGUGUGCAAACUGUCACCGCCCAGUGACUUGUAUUCUAAAAUUCACAACACUUUCACUUAGUCACAUCAGAAGUAAGCUAAGAAAUAUUUUAUAUGAAAAUACUUCAUAUGAACUCUUUCUUAGUAUUAGGAGUAGAAUAGAAGUAGAUCCAAAAAAGCCCCCAAUAUAUAAAUACAUUAAUUUCUCUUUAUAAUAUUAAUUUUGGAGAUAAGGCGAAAUCACCCCUUCCUUUUUCCCUUAUUGAUUUUAUUGCAUGUCGUUUUCAUACCAUCAUAGACCCUGAUUCAAAUAUUUUAUAACUAUAUAUGGCUAAUGGAGAGUCAAGAAUAAGAAAAGGAAAGUCGUAGAGGAAACAAAUUUUAAAAGACCCAUUUCUUCUAACUACUGUGCCAGAUCCUGUGGCUGACUGAGUUAAAUCAGCUAUUUUGAAAUUCAUUAAUUCUUCCAAACCUCUAUAAAAUAAUAAGUCAAUGAGCCACUGGAACAAAAAAUCAAGCCUCCUGGGUUCAUUCCAAACAUGCUUGUUUGUGUUGGAGUUGCAGAUUCAUUUACCUGUGAAAAGCUGCUUUUUCAUUUUUUUA